AUGCUUAUAACAUCAUCUGCAAACAGAAGUUCAGUCGGAGCUGCAAUAGGAGGUGUUGGAUUACUACUAAGUACCAGUGCAUAUGACUCCCUAGCAAGCAUGAGAUCACAUUCUGACCGAAUACUCAUCGCAAACUUUCAAGGAAACCCUGCAACUACAGUCAUUACAACCUAUUGCCCAACGAACGUAGUGAACGAGGAUAUCAUUGAAGGACACUAUGACAAUUUAAGAAGAGCAAUUGACUCCAUUCCGGCACACAAUGUUCUUCUUGUGGUUGGAGACUUCAAUGCCAGAAUUGGACCUGAGGAUGCUAAAUAUACUUACCAUGAAACAACCAACAGAAAUGGAAAGUACUUAGUGGACAUGGCAGUUGAAAAGAACCUAGUUAUAGCAAGUGGUCAGUUCUGUAAGGAGAAAGGGAAAUUGUGGACCUAUAUUAGCCCAGGUGGAAGUAAUUGCCAACUGGAUUAUAUACUAAUAAGGAAAAAGUGGAGGAACAGCUUGAAUAAUGCCAAGGCGUAUAGUACUUUUGCCAGUGUAGGAUCCAACCAUAGAAUAGUAUCUGCAAGAGUCCGUUUGAGCCUUUGUAAGAGCAAAACCUUGGCAAAAGGAAAACAGCACGAUUGGAAACUUCUCAGCACUGACAAAGACCUACAGAAGCUAUACAGCAUUGAAGUCCGCAACAGGUUCCAGCCCCAAGAAAAGGAGGAAGAAUCAGCUACCGAGAGCCCUCCUGACAUAGAUGAUGAGGAUGAAGAAAUUCUGCCUAUACUAGAGAGUCUGAACAUCAAGACAGGGCCAUUUGAUCUGAAAGAAUAUUCAAAGGCAAUAAAGUCACUAGUAGAAGGGAAGAGCUUUGGGGAAGAUGGCAUACCACCGGAGGUUUUAAAAAGAUGUGACCUUGAUGAAAUCAUUCUGAGUUUCUGCAACAACGCACUGAUCAAUGAAGAAAAGCCUCACCAAUGGUCCAUACUGAACAUCGUACCAAUACCAAAGUCUGGAGACCUGAACCAAGGAGGAAAUUAUCGAGGAAUCAGUCUAAGCUCCAUCGUGGCCUAA